AUGUUCUCAUCUCAUUCUGAAACAGACCUAGCUAUUUCAGUAUGUUCUAAUCUCAUUCUGAACACAGACCCAGCUAUUUCAGUAUGUUCUCAUCUCAUUCUGAAAACAGACCCAGCUAUUUCAGUAUGUUCUAAUCUCAUUCUGAAAACAGACCUAGCUAUUUCAGUAUGUUCUCAUCUCAUUCUGAAAACAGACCCAGCUAUUUCAGUAUGUUCUCAUCUCAUUCUGAAAACAGACCCAGUUAUUUCAGUAUGUUCUCAUCUCAUUCUGAACACAGACCCAGCUAUUUCAGUAUGUUCUAAUCUCAUUCUGAAAACAGACCCAGCUAUUUCAGUAUGUCCUCAUCUCAUUCUGAAAACAGACCCAGCUAUUUCAGUAUGUUCUCAUCUCAUUCUGAACACAGACCCAGCUAUUUCAGUAUGUCCUCAUCUCAUUCUGAAAACAGACCCAGCUAUUUCAGUAUGUUCUAAUCUCAUUCUGAACACAGACCCAGUUAUUUCAGUAUGUCCUCAUCUCAUUCUGAACACAGACCCAGCUAUUUCAGUAUGUUCUAAUCUCAUUCUGAAAACAGACCCA